AUGGCUAUGAUUCUUGCAGCAAAAGUAUACCCUUUUGUCACUUUCAAGACAGUGGACAGAAGCUCUAAACCUGAUAUUGACUAUAAACUGAAAUCCAGGUGUAAUGCUUUGCAAUCAUCUCAAGUUGCCUUGCCAAGUCGUCGAGGUGUCUUGUUCUGUAGUGCUUCAUUUGUUACAGUUCUGACCUUAAAUUGCGUCCUAACACCAUUACAAGUACGGGCUGAAGAUGAAUCAACUGACCAAGAGGAAGAAAAGGAUGACGGGGUUGUUGGGGCUAUUAAACCAUUGUUUGAUCCUAACGAGAAAACAAAAUCUGGGAAACUGUUGCCAAAGGCUUACUUAAAGUCAGCAAGAGAUGUUGUGAAGAACCUCCGCGAGUCACUCAAGGAAGAUCCCAAGGACAUUGCCAAAUUUAGACGGACUGCAGAUGCAGCAAAGGAGUCCAUCCGAGAAUACUUGGGCAGUUGGAGGGGACAGGAAAAGGUAGUUCGUGAGGAAUCAUAUGUCGAGUUAGAAAAGGCAAUUAGAUCUUUGGCCAGGUUCUAUUCUAAGGCUGGUCCAUCUGCACCCCUGCCGGAAGAGGUCAGGUCUGAGAUAUUGAAUGAUUUGAAUACCGCUGAAGAAUUUUUGUAG